CAUAAUCACUUGUUGCACGCAGCGCGGUCUGUUAGACUAGUUUGCGUCUUUGCUUCCUGAUAACGGAACAGUCGCAGGGCAUUUACUGUCUACCAAUUCAGACGUGCGGGAGAACUGCAACCAUGAUUCACCCCCGGACUCUCAGAGUAGAUUAUGACAAAAGUGCAAGUAUUCUAUGCGUAGUCGGCUCGGAACUUAAUGUGAACCUGAACAGGAGUGCCCCUCCCAGUUCCAAGUUCUUCUCUGUAAAGUGCACUUCCACUGUUCAGUACAGUAUCAGCCCCUCACCUCAGGAGACAUCACACCUCGCUCCCAUUCCUCUCAGUGGAAACUCAGUACUACUCAUCAGCAUGAGCCGUGCCAGUCAAUAUGAAAAUGAUAGCAAGCUGUCUGUCCAGUACUACGGGCAGAAUAAAGACCUCUUGGGGAAAGCAGUUCUGCACCUGACAGCUGUUGAGAUCUCUCUGGAUGUGGAUGCUGACAGAGAUGGCAUUGUGGAGAAAAACAACCCUAAUAAGGGUUCCUGGAAAUGGGGUCCUAAUGGGCAUGGAGCAAUCCUACUGGUCAACUGUGACUCAGAGCGGACCUACGGGAAGAAACCAGACGCCGAGCAGGACUACAUCUCCAAAGUGUCUGAUCUGAAGGACAUGUCAGCCAUGGUGCUGCGGACCAGAGGCCCUGCCAAACUCCCAGAGGGGUAUAAGCUCACCAUGCACAUCUCUCAGGGUGAUGCAGAGAGUGUCAGAGUCUUCAGGUCCAGGUCCUCUGAUGUGGUGAAUAAUACCAUGUCAAAACUCUAUAACUACUUCGUGAAGGACUAUCCACUUGUGCUGAGCAGUGAGGUCCUGUCGCAGGAAGUGCCUUACCUUGGAGGAGUAGCAGAGAUGAGGUUUUAUGUGGAGGGUCUCAGGUUUCCUGACAAAGACUUUGAUGGCCUCAUCAGCAUCAACCUCAGUUUACUAGAGCCCAUCUGUACAGGUCUCCCUGAGACGCCCAUUUUCACAGACAAAGUCGUGUUUAGAGUGGCACCCUGGAUCAUGACACCCAACACCUUGCAGCCUGUAGAGGUGUUUGUCUGCAGCACUCGUGAUAACUACCAGUUCCUGAAAGGAAUGAGGAACCUUGUCGCAAAGAGUGGGUACAAGCUCAAGAUUUGUCAUGAGAGUGUGAACAGAGGAGAUCGUUGGAUGCAGGAUGAACUGGAGUUUGGUUAUAUCGACUCACCUCAUCACCGUUUUCCUGUUGUUCUGGAUUCCCCUCGAGAUGGAGAUCUCAGAGACUUUCCAUAUGAUGAGCUACUGGGCCCUGACUUUGGCUAUGUGACGAGGGUGGCACACAAAAAGGAUGUGAGCAGUCUGGACUCAUUCGGUAAUCUGGAGGUUAGUCCUCCAGUUAGUGUGAAUGGAAAAAACUACCCCAUGGGCAGGAUCAUCAUUGGAGUGGCCUUCCCUACGGCAACUAAAGGACGCAACAUGACCAAAGUGGUUCAAGACUUCCUGUGGGCUCAGAAGGUUCAGGAGCCCAUUGCCUUGUUUUCUGACUGGCUCCUCGUUGGCCACGUAGAUGAAUUCAUGACUUUUGUUCCUGCACCUGACAGAAAGCACUUCCGCCUGCUGCUGGCCAGCCCAGACGCAGGCUAUAAGCUAUUCAGAGGCUUAAAGAACUAUGGUCACGGAGAAGCCAGACUGUUCGAGGGUCUGAAAGAUGAAAAGCCACGAACAGUGGAUGACAUACUCGACGAUGACCAUCUCCAAGCUGAAAAUAACUACGUACAGAGCUGCAUCGACUGGAACAGGGAUGUACUGAAGAGAGAGUUGGGCCUUGACGAUGAGGACAUCAUCGACCUGCCAAUCCUGUUCAAGUUAGUGGAGGACGAGGACACGGGCGAGUACAGAGCGGUGGCUUACUACCCUGACAUGGUGAACAUGAUUGUUUUGGGGAAAAACCUUGGCAUCCCAAAGCCCUUUGGCCCCAAGGUGAACGGACGCUGCGCCCUGGAGGCUGAGAUGUGCUCCCUGAUGGAGGGCCUCGGCCUCAGCUGCACGUUCAUUGACGACUUCGCCUCCUACCACAAACUGCUGGGCGAGGUACACUGUGGCUCCAACGUCCUCAGGGAACCGUUCAACUUCAAGUGGUGGAACCUGGAGAUGUGAACAAAAACUGAAAAGGGGAUUGAGAUGGGUUAAAGUUGUAAUCCUUAAGAUUUCAGUCCUGAUUAAUUUGUCAACACUGCUGCCAAAAAAAACCUAAAAUGUUUUGAAAAAAAAAGUUGCGACUACGAUCUGAUUACAUGCUGGUGCGUGUAGUUUUCUG